UUAACGCCUUUGUAUUCUCAUUUAACGCCACUUCUGUAUACAUUAUACGCUAGAUUUUGACCGUAUUGACGUUCGUUCGAAGGCAGGAGCCAGGAGCCAUUCAAGCAAAGAAGCAGAAGAAGAAGCGACACGUAACUGGGAAACCGCAUACGAGAGAAAGACCACGUACCCACUAACCUCAACGACGACAACGAUGCCUAGGAAGAAUACGGCGGCCGCCGCGUCCUCCGCGACAACCGUCCCGUCCUUCGCGACAACCACCGCCUCAUCGUCGUGGAAUAUCAUCCAAUCGCCGCCGAGCACGUUGACGCCGAUCGUCGAUCGAUGGCCAGGCAACCUACUCAAUCUCAACGAUCGUCCAGCAUCGUACAUCGAAACGAUACGUUAUCUCGAUUCGGAGAACUCGCGGUUGAAGCGGGAGGUGCAAACCACCCAGGAAACUUUCACUCGGGAAAUGUCCAACAUCGAGACCGUACUCUCUAACAAGCGGAAGCUGCUCGACGAGGCGGACACAGAACGCGUCAAGUUCGAGCUCAAUAUCAAACGCUUGCGGGAUGAUAACGAAGAUCUCAAGAACAAAUUGGAGAAGAAGACAAAGAAUUUGCAGAUAGCAGAACGAAAUGCAAUGAUACAUGAAAAAGGCUCCAGUGAUUUGCAAUCGUGGGCGAAGUGCAACACACUUACGGAGAUAGAAAGUCGUUCAAAGCAAUUGAAAGCAUUGCUCGCUUUGAAACAUCAGGUGAUGAAGAUGCAAGUCGAUUUUGCAAGCGUUAUCAUAUCACGUGUCUUAUGCGUAUCGUGGAAAAGCCCUAUAAAGGGAAGCAUAUUUCUGCCGCAAAUGGCAGCAUACAUGCAAACACAGAGAAGAAUGAAUUCUAGCGAUAUUAUUCAUCAGGCAUUGCAGGAAGUUUUGUGCAUGUUUUCGAGAGGGGAGGAUCCUUUGAUAGACGUGUCAUCUGGCCGUGAAGACAAUCCGAAUAGUCAAGCGAGUCUUUUGUUAAUUUCUGUGAGGUAUCCUGUAUCUCGUCAAUUUUGGACAACACCAUUAUUAGGCGACAGUUCAUUAGAACCGAAAAGUUUUACUUAUUUAUUAGAUUGUUAUUCAAGAAUUGCAAUGGAAGAAAGAAAUCAUGAAAACAACCGUCCCGUCUUCCGCAACAACCGUACCGUCCUCCGCAACAACCAUCCCGUCCUCCGCGACAACCGCCACCUCGUCGUCGUGGAGUAG